UCUGUUUUCUGCUUUUAAAUUUUGAACAUUGACACCCUGUGACGAACAAUAGUAUUUUUGAUCUUCUACAAUCUUUUCCAGGGUUGCAUGCCUAUGUUUUCGGAAAGCAAAUUCCGAAAAAAUGCGCAACGCGAUUUUCGGAGUAGUUUUUGUUUUGAUUUUUGUCUUUAUAAAAUUCCUUAAUCCGGAAUUGAGUUAUUUAUAUAUACAAUGAAAUAAUAGUGCCUGGAAGUGAUAAAACAAAUAUAUACUGUUAAAAUUACCUCAAAUAUGUAAAGUUAUUAAAUUUAGUUAUCUUAAACCACUUGUUUGCUAUUAAAGCAUCGCUUCUAAGCAACAUAUGUGUAUAUGUGGAAAUAGAUGGUAACUUUAUAAGAAAAUUAAAGGAAUGUUGGCAGUAUAAAUUUGUGUAAUUAAACAUAAAGCGAUACAUAUAAACGUUUUUUUGUAUAUAAACUAUUUCGUGUAUGGAUUAAUUCUUGGUUAGCACGUAUAAGCAUUGCAACUAUUUUCUACAUGUAAUGUUAUAGGAGAAGGGGAUGAUUGUGCGCGGGUGAAAAUGUCUGACACAGGUGCACGCAAGUUAGCCAAGUGUAACAUUACAGGUGGCCCGCAUUUAAAACAUUUUACAAAUACAUAUUUAUGGUUACAAGCAAACGUUUUUAUUUUAUAUAAAAACUCUUAAAUUGCUUCCAGAAUUUAAACACAAAGUGUUAAGUGAAUUGACAGAAGAAAAUUGUAAAUUCCAAUUAGAACGUACAACAUAAAAAUAUACAUAUUUUAUAUAACAGUACGAUUGGCAGCAACUAAUCUUAGUUAAUUUUUUGUUUGUUAAUUGUCUGAAAGGUUUUUUAGUGACAAUUUUAAAAAUAAGAAGUAAAUAAUGAACUUGGGUUAGUUAGUUAGUGGCCAACAUAAAAAUACCAAGACAACUUAAUUUACCAAUCUUGGUUAGUUCCGGAUUUUUAUUGAUGCUGUCAAGGCUACUAAUACAGCGCUGAGGCCCUGUAUAGUUUGAUAUUUUUCUACGAAAGCUACUCAAUUUUUAUUCAAAAUAAAUAAUAUUAAGAGAAGUUGUAACAUGGAAUAUUGCUGAUAUUAAGAAAAUUAUAAAAUUUCACGCAAAAAGAGAGAAAUAUGCAAUUUGCCUAUUUUAAGACAAUCGUGUUAGUGAAGUGAGAAAGUUCUUCUAAAAAAUCCAAAAAAUAUACGAGUGCAUAUACAACGGCAAAAAAUAGCGGCAAAAAAUAGUGCAUUUUGCUGAAGUAAAUUUGCUCCAACAGGUGUGCGUAUGUAUCCACGUAAUUCCGUACGUAAGCGCUGGAUAUUACCGGCAUAAAUAUAAUGUUCUUCGCCUCGAAAUGGUGUAUAAGAAAAUCGCAAAUAAAGAUAGUAGUGUUCGUAUUUGAAAUCGCGUGUGAAAUCGGGAAGCAAACAAACGCACGAAGCUCCUUGCAAACGUCAAACAGUGAAAACAAGCAAACGCUUCAAAUGUUCGCAAUUUUCUACUACAGUUAACGUAAUGUAAUUAAACAGAUUAGAAAGAAAUCUCAUUAAAGCAUAAUAGAAUAAAAUAAUUGCAAAACAAUAGCAACAACCAACAGCAAAAAUAACGUCAACAAUAACAACAACGAACUGCAACCGACAAAAUCGCGUAGAAAAAUGCCGACAUUGGCGGCAAAAAAUUCACAAGCCGCAAUUGCUAACAUGGCAACAGCAGCCACAACAACAGCAACACCACCAACAACAGCAGUGGCAAUAAAUUCCGGUGGCAGCGAGCAGUGCGACGCUGAUGUUAGUGCCGCAAGAAUAGCAACGCCGACAACCGACACACAAAACACCGGUGCUGCGUUGAACCAUCAUUAUCAUCAUCCGCCGGCGCCGCAUGGAGGCUCGCAUGCCGUUGGCAAUGCCUUGUCGCCGAUGAUAGCAACUGCAACAACAACAACUGCAGUCUCAGCGGCCGGGGCAGCUACCGGCACCGUUGCAGCCAGUUUAGCCACAUUUAACGGAAAUUCAAAUUUAAAUGUUGCCAACGGAAACAUCGGCGGCAAUAACAAUCACAACAACAGCCACAACCACAAUCACAGUCACAGUACGCACGCUGGUGGUGUGGGCAAAAAGCCCUUGACAAACAUGCAUACAUCCCGUGAGGAUGUUGCAUCACCACAACCACAAACACAGCUACCACCACCGCCGUUAACACAACUGGGCAAUGCCAUGCCGCCAACAUCAGCGUCCAUCAUCAACAAUCAGCAAUUGUCAGCCACUAACAGUCAGAGCAAUCACAAUCAUAACAACAAUAACAAUAGCAAUAUCAACGGUGGCAAUGGCAGCAAUAAUAAUAAUAAUAGCAAUGGUAACGGUAAUGGCAGCGCAAACAUCAGCAGCAUUCUCAAAGGAAGUAAAGAAAAUUUGCUCCAAAAUUGUUAUAAUGGCGUUCCGACCAGUGAUAAUACUGUUUUGGAUAUUGACGAUCCAGGAGAUGGACUAGGACCUUUGCCACCCAAGUGGGAGACUGCUUACACCGAACGCGGGGAAUUGUAUUUUAUCGAUCACAACACUGGCACGUCUCAUUGGCUCGAUCCGCGUCUAUCGAAAUUUCAAAAGAAAUCGCUAGAAGACUGCGGCGACGAUGAGCUCCCCUACGGUUGGGAGAAAAUCGAAGAUUCCUUGUACGGUACCUAUUACAUAGAUCACGUUAACCGGCGCACACAGUAUGAAAAUCCAGUUUUGGAAGCUAAACGUCGCGCAGCUGAACAAAGGCAAAAACAACAACAGCAACCGCCGCCACCUGCACACAGCAGUACACAAAAUACGCAAGGAAUGGGUUACAUACCACACCAACAACCACCGCCACCACCACCUACCAAUCAACAAUCACAACAACAACAACAACAGCGCCCGCAAACACCGUCUACACAAAUAACAACUAAUUUGGUGAAUGGCGCUGGCAUUGGUAGCAAUGUAAUUGGCGCUGACGAUGACGAUCGUGUUACUCCAGCGCUUGGCAACAAUAUGGUUGAUAUAUCGCAGCGUGGUAUGCAACCACCGCCAACGGGCGCGGGUAUGCAGUCGACACCAACAGCACUGCUGGCAUACAAAUUUACGCGAAAUCCCAGCGAGAUGCAGGGCGAGCGCAUCACCGCAUCGUUGGUGAAGUCUGCACGCGGACUCGGCAUCACCAUUGUGGGCGGCGAUGAUGGCGCGGAAGAGUUUCUGCAAAUCAAGUCGAUUGUGCCGCACGGACCAGCGUGGUUGGAUGGCCAACUGCAGACCGGCGAUGUGUUGGUGUAUGUGAAUGAGACCUGUGUGCUCGGGUUUACGCAUCACGAGAUGGUCAAUAUUUUCCAGUCGAUUUUGCCAGGCGAAACCGUUACAUUAGUGGUAUGUCGUGGCUAUCCUUUACCAUUUGAUCCCAAUGACCCCAACACCGAGGUGGUCACCACCAUAGCGGUGGAUGGUGUUAGCGUUGCAGCGACAGACAAACAGCGUCGUAUGCUACUCGAUCUACAUAUGGAUGGUAAUUAUAAUUUUCUCGAAACCAUCGGCGGCGACGGAGGCGGCACAAAAUCUCACAACCAACACAACCAAAUGCGCAAUCAGCACUCACCAGUAACGGGCGGCUUAAAUGACGGUUUCAUUUUAAUGAAGAAACCAGAGUUGCAAGUGCACACAUUUACGAUUGUAAAGGGUGCCAUGGGUUUCGGUUUCACCAUUGCCGAUUCGGCUUAUGGUCAGAAGGUGAAGAAGAUACUCGACUAUAAUUGUUGUACGCAACUUCAAGAGGGUGACGUACUAUUAGAGAUUAACGGUAUUGAUGUGCAUCAACAGAGUCACCUUGAAGUAGUGCAGAUAUUGAAGGAUUGUUCGAAAAUUGAACCGACGCAUGUGAAAAUCCAACGUGGUGGUCCAACUUCGAAUAGUGCUAAUGCCUCACCAGCAGGAGGCGCUUAUAGUACGAACAUUUUAAGUAAUCCACCGCCCACAAGCACCACAAGUGGCAGUAAUCUGGGUAAUGUGGCGAAAUUACGCAAGAAUUUUACGUCCUCAUUGUUUCGUAGCAAGACGCCGACCGCAGAUCUAUAUAGUACACAACAAAAGGAGAUUCUGCCAAUACGUCCAAAAACACCGCUGGUCGAUACGCGUCGUACACGUGCACAAACCCCGAAUGAUGAGCUACAGCAUAGUGUUGAUGUUAACGAUGGCAACGUAGAUGGCAGGUUAUCGGCCAAUAAGGGCCAGUUGGUGGAUGCUGUCACGCAUAAAUCCACAAAUAGCCUACAGGAAAUUGAGGCAAUUAGUCAAGAUAUACCAUACUUGGAUCCAUAUCCGAAAUUGGUGACCAGUUUGAGUGAGCGUUUGGCCGGUGCGACAUUGCUAACCGAAAAUGCCGGCAAUGGUGGCGCCAAUGCUGGUAAUGUCGAUAAUAAUAUGGGUAGCAUUAAUAUUGGCACUGGCUACCACCACGCCAGUGGCCUUUCGUUGCCUUCAAGUGUUGCUGAUCCCAUGCGUUACGAUCAUCAAGAGUACGUUUCGGCCGGCAUGCGUACAGUUGGUGGCAACAAUAUUUAUGGCAUUUCUCCGCUGCCCAACAGCAUGAACAAUUUCUAUGCGCCACAACAAUUGCCCACACCGCCACAUCUUAGCUUUUCUGCCAGCAGCAGUUAUUCACCAUCGACGUCGCUUGGUUUGACAACAACAUCCGCUACACAUCACAAUAUCCUGCAUCAUCACCCACUUCAAUUGCCGCCACCACCACAACCACCAGCGCCGCAUAUGCAUACACAUCCACACGGUGCACAGUACUCACCGGCAUCUUUGCAUGCGACUACACCGUUACAAGCGGCACACAUACAAAAUGAACGCAUGCAAAAACGUGUUAACGAGCUGCUGAGUGACCGUCGCCGUGUGGGCUUCUCCACGCUUGAUAUGCCACAACCACAGAAACUCUCGCCAGCGCCGUAUGCUAACCAGCAACUGUUGCAACAACAACAACAUCAGCAAACUUCCCAACAUUCACCGGCUGUUAGUAGUGUAUCGCAAACGCCAGCGUUGUCUUGGUUAGGUGCCAGCAACUACACCAAUACGAUGCAGUCAUCACCGAGCGGUAACUUACCGUUUCUGCAACGCAAUGGCGGCGCAAUCGAUGCGUUGGACGAACUAACGACGGAACAGUAUGAGUUGAGUGAAGUCACUUUGGAACGUCAGGCUCUUGGUUUUGGAUUUCGCAUUGUUGGCGGCACGGAGGAGGGCUCACAAGUGACUGUGGGUCACAUUGUUCCCGGCGGUGCUGCGGAUAAUGACCAACGCAUUAAUACAGGUGACGAGAUACUCAGCAUAGACGGUAUCAAUGUGGUGAAUUCGUCGCACCACAAAGUUGUUUCAUUAAUGGGUGAGGCCGCGUUGCGAGGACAAGUGACUAUGAUACUACGUCGUCGCUUGCGGUUAACACUUCAACCACAUUUAUUGCAACCACAACAACAACAACAACAACAAUUGCCCUUACCGCCACCGCCGCCAUUAAACGUGCCCCUGCGCAAUACAUACCGAUACCCAUACGAUGUUAUAGUUAGUCGACACGAGUCCGAAGGCUUCGGUUUUGUAAUCAUAUCUUCGUCAAAUCAAUUCUACGGCUCUACUAUUGGCAAAUUGAUACCAGGCAGUCCGGCCGAUCGUUGCGGUGAGCUAAAAGUUGGUGAUCGUAUCAUUGCUGUUAAUCGCAUAGACAUUUCCGGCAUGUCACAUGGUGACGUGGUCAACCUUAUAAAAGAAUCGGGUCUUCAUGUGCGUUUGACAAUCGGCUGUCCAAAAGAUGCCUUGACGACACCGACGACUACGUUGGGCACACAAAAUUCAGCAUUACUUGUCAACUCUGCACAAGUGUCGCCAGGUCAAUUAUCACAAAACCAAUUAAUAUAUACACCGUUGACAACGCAACAACAACAACAACAACAUAAACCACAGAUAUCGCCAAAUUUAUUGUCUAACAAUCAAAAUGGUGGCAACUACUUCAUGGAACAUCCCAGAACAAGCGCGGCAGCAACAACUUAUGUGCAAUCGCCAUUGCAGCAACAGCAACAACAGCAAUUGCCACCACAAUUAUAUAACAUAAUGACAUCAUACGAGCGAACUGUAUGUAACAAUAAUGGCAAUAGCAGCAAUAGCGAAAAGUUGCGCAGUAAUGGCAGCUGCAGCAACAGCAGCUCCUUCACGAGAGCCGAAGCGAUAAGUAACAGCACAAACAGCAGCAACAGUAGCAGAAAUCUACUGCAAUUCUUCGCUAUUGUAUUCGUGUGUGUGGCCUGUUACUGGAAUAGUGCGCAAUGUGAGUUGGUCUUCGACGAUAUUAGCGCUGUGCGCGAUAAUAAAGACCUACGCUCGUACACGCCGCUACGUAAUAUAUUUCUCAACGAUUUCUGGGGUACGCCAAUGCGCAAAGAGCAAUCGCAUAAAUCAUAUCGACCGUUAACAGUGCUCACCUUUCGUUUCAACUAUUGGCUGCACGAACUUCAACCAUAUGGCUAUCACAUAGUAAAUAUGCUCUUACAUAUUGUUGUUUGUCUGUUGUGGCGUCGUGUUUGCAGACUAUUACUAUUGCAUUGCGCCGGCGCUGUGGGAGCAUCUACAUUGGCGUUAAUACAACGUUGUAAUAUGUUGCGUAUAAACACUUGUAGCUUCUUGGCAGCACUCUUAUUCGCUGUACAUCCCAUACACACAGAAGCCGUUACAGGUGUAGUCGGACGUGCCGAAUUACUCUCCUCGAUAUUCUAUUUGUGUGCAUUUCUCGCAUAUGCCGGCGCUGUUAACACGUCAACGACGCUGCUACAUCGUCAACAGUCGUCAGUGCAUCAACAGCAACAGCAGCAUCAGCAGUCGGGUAAGAGGCAACGCACACGCUGGUCGGUACUAUGUUGCACUUUUGGCGCUUGCUUAUUAGCCUCGAUGCUGUGUAAGGAGCAAGGCAUCACUAUAGCGGGUAUUUGCGUCGCCUAUGAAUUGUUCGUGGUGCAGCAGUUGCGCCCACUUGAGUUGUGGCUGUGUGUGCAGCGUUUAUUUGAGGAUCGUACGCGUAUCUUGACGCCGCAACAUGUAGCCAAAAGUCCGACAGUCGCAGCAGUUAGUGCAUCACCAACGGCCGGCGUGUAUAAUCGUGUGAGCGGUAUUUGGCAUGGUACUUUGUUGCGUCGCUUGGGGUUCCUCGUCUGCAUUACGUUUGCCCUGUUGGUUGGACGUGUGUACGUGAUGGGUUCGCAAUUGCCAGUCUUUACGCGUUUCGAUAAUCCCGCUUCGGCAGCAGCGACACCAACGCGUCAGCUUACAUUUAGUUACCUGAUUUACUUGAACUUGUGGCUGAUGCUGUUUCCUUGCAAUCUGUGCUGCGAUUGGACUAUGGGCACCAUACCACUGAUCGAGGGCUUUAGCGACGCACGCAAUUUGGCCACCGUAGCGACAUUCGCCUCGCUAGCCGCAGUGACGUGGCACGCUUGUACGACACGAAAUUUAAUGCACUCUCGCGUGCUACUGAUGGGACUGGCCUGGCUGGCGUUACCCUUCCUACCCGCUUCGAAUUUAUUCUUUCACGUUGGCUUCGUGAUUGCCGAGCGUAUACUGUACAUGCCCUCCAUGGGUUAUUGUCUCCUGAUAGCCUACGGCUAUAUGCAAUUGGAGGAGUAUUUGCGCGUUAAAAUCGCAAUUGCGCGGCGCUUUCUGCAAUUAGCACUCGGUUUGUUGUUGCUAACGCAUGCAUUGAAGACAUUUGAGCGCAAUAAAGACUGGCGUACAGAGUAUACGUUAUUUAUGUCAGGCGUACAUGUGAACGGACGCAAUGCGAAACUGUUCAAUAAUGUUGGUCACGCGCUCGAAAAUGAGCAACGCUACGCUGAGGCGUUAACGUACUUCCAACAAGCGGUACGCAUACAACCCGACGAUAUUGGCGCGCACAUCAAUGUAGGACGCACUUAUAAUAAUCUGCAGCAAUACGAACAAGCCGAAUUCGCGUAUCGCCAAGCCAAAUCUUUAUUUCCGCAAGUGAAACCGGGUGAGAGUUAUCAGGCGCGCGUAGCGCCGAAUCAUUUAAAUGUAUUCAUAAAUUUGGCACAACUGAUAGCGCGCAAUCGUACGCGCUUGGAAGAAGCUGAUCUGUUAUAUCGGCAGGCGAUAAGUAUGCGCGCCGACUAUGUACAAGCGUACAUCAAUCGUGGUGAUAUAUUGAUGAAACUGAAUCGCACCGCGCAAGCGCAAGAAGUUUACGAAAAGGCGCUACUGUACGACAGUGAGAAUGCUGAUAUUUAUUAUAAUUUGGGUGUGGUAUUUUUGGAGCAGGGUAAAAGUGCGCAGGCGCACGUCUACUUCAACAAAGCAAUCGAAUUAUAUCCCGAACACGAACAAGCAUUACUCAAUUCCGCCAUACUAUUGCAAGAGCAUGGCGGUGCAGAAGCGCGUGAAUUGUCGCGCAUGCGCCUCUUCAAGGUGUUGGAUAAGGAUGCGAACAAUGAGAAGGUCUAUUUCAAUUUGGGCAUGCUGGCCAUGGACGAAUCGAAUUUCGACGAAGCGGAACAAUUUUUUAAACGCGCUAUACAUUUGCGUGCCGACUUUCGUAGUGCGCUCUUCAAUUUAGCAUUACUAUUGGCCGAUGCGAAUCGACCGUUGGACGCAGUACCGUACCUGAAUCAGCUAAUACGUCAUCAUCCUGCACAUAUAAAAGGUUUAAUACUACUCGGUGAUAUCUAUAUAAAUCACAUGAAGGAUCUCGACGCAGCGGAGCAAUGUUAUCGCAGUAUAUUACGUUUCGAACCGCACAACAUACAGGGCUUACACAAUUUAUGUGUUGUAUUUGUGGAGCGUAAGCGUUUGGCGCGCGCCGCUGCCUGUUUACGCUAUGCGCAUCAUUUAGCGCCACACGAGGAUUAUAUUCUACGUCAUUGGCAAAUUGUACAGCAACGCUUACAGAAGAUAACUAAGUUACCUGAAACAUCGCCGGAACGGCAAAUUGCCUAUGCUGAGUAUGAGCCUGAUGAGUUCAGGGUGUUGUCAAACAAAGUGGCUAGUAAGACUCACACUAAUAUGAAUGAAGACAACAAACAACAACAACACCAUCGUCGGUAAGAACGACCACUAAACAGUAGCAGUUAAGAGCGUCAUAUAAUGCUGAGUAAGUUGAAAAGAUAUUCAUUGAAAAUGAAUAAAAUGAAAAACAAAAACAUUUUAGAAAUUAAGUGCCGGCUUUUACAUUAACAUAUACAAAGAUAUAUGUAUGAACAUAUGAAUAAUUAUUGAAGGCAACUAAGUACGUACUUAAAUUGAAAUGUACGGCUUUUGAAUAGUGUAUGCGCUGUAUUUUAUUUGUUGGUCAAUUAGAAUGUCAAUGCAUAUAAUUUUAUUUUAUAUUGACUGCAAGUUUAUAUUAUUGAUAAAAAAGUACGAAAUGGUUGGUAGCAGAGCUAAUCCGUAUAUGUUGUUGUUUAGCGGAAGAAAACAUUUCUGAAGUCAUUUGAAGGAAUGCUGCCGGUUUGACAGUGCUUGGCGGCUUAAAAAUUCGGUUGCGUUCCGUUUAACUAGAUCGUAAAUUAUGGUCAGUGGUGUCGACCGAACCGUUG